AUGAAGAAUUCAAAGCUUAUCUUGACUGCAAUAGCACUGGCGGUGCUUUCAGCAGCCAUAGCUUUUUACUAUGGAGAAAUCGCUACAAGUGUGUUUUUCCCACCCACUAUACCCGGGUCGGAUGACUUGCUCCACUCGGCUGAACGGAUCCACCUAUCCGGAGCAGUCGGGCCGGAGAGUCUUGCAUUUGAUUCCAAUGGAGAAGGUCCCUACACCGGCGUGGCUGAUGGCCGGAUUCUCAAGUGGAAAACCAGCAAUGAUUCCAAUGUCUGGGUUGAAUUUGCAGUCACUUCCUCACAAAGGAAGGAAUGUUAUCGUCCAUUUGCUCCGGAAAUGGAGCACAUAUGUGGAAGGCCAUUGGGACUACGGUUUCACAAGAAAACUGGAGAUCUUUAUAUUGCUGAUGCUUACUUAGGCCUCCAAGUAGUUGGUCCAACUGGAGGAUUGGCUACUCAACUAUUAACAGAAGUUGACAGCCAGUCUCUUCACUUCACCAACGACAUGGACAUUGAUGAGGAAAACGAUGUUGUCUACUUCACGGAUAGCAGCACCAAAUUCCACAGAAGGGAAUUCAUCCCAUGUGUUUUAACCCGAGACAGGACAGGCAGACUGAUGAAAUACGAUAUAUCAAGCAAAAAAGUGACAGUUUUAUUACGAGGCCUUGCUUUUCCCAAUGGUGUAGCCUUGAGUGAUGAUCGUUCCUUCGCAUUAGUAUCGGAAACCACCACUUGUAGAAUAAUUCGGUUUUGGCUUCAGGGCCCGAAUGCUGGAAAACACGAUACCUUUGUCGAGGUACCAGGAUUUCCUGACAACAUCAGAAGAAAUUCAGACGGUGAUUAUUGGGUCGCUCUGCAUUCAAAGACAGCACUCCUCACAAAAUGGACACUUCACAAUUCAUUGUUAGGGAAAGUGUUGCUAAAGCUACCUCUGACCUUCCCUCAACUGCACUACUUGUUAGUUGGAGGUAAGCCCCAUGCUACUGCUGUAAAACUAAGCAAGGACGGCACAAUUUUGCAAGUUCUUGAAGACGUUGAAGGGAAAACGUUGAGGUUCAUAAGCGAAGUUGAGGAGAGAAAUGGCAAGUUGUGGGUUGCGUCUGUUAUGGUGCCUUUUAUAGGAAUUUACAAUCCGUAA